UACAGCGCCAUGCGUGACCAGUACAUGCGCACGGGCGAGGGCUUUCUCUGCGUCUUCGCCAUCAACAACAGCAAGUCCUUCGCCGACAUCAACCUCUACCGGGAGCAGAUUAAGAGAGUGAAGGAUUCAGAUGACGUGCCAAUGGUGCUUGUGGGGAACAAGUGUGACCUGCCCACGCGGACGGUGGACACUAAGCAAGCGCAAGAGCUGGCCAAGAGCUACGGCAUCCCCUUCAUAGAGACGUCUGCCAAGACAAGACAGGGUGUGGAGGACGCCUUUUACACACUGGUGCGAGAGAUCCGCCAGUACCGGAUGAAAAAGCUCAACAGCAGUGAGGAUGGGAAUCAGGGCUGCAUGGGUCUGUCGUGCAUCAUGAUGUGACAAGCCACUGGGAAGACCUGGUUCAGAUGAAGCUGGAGGAUAAGCCCUGAUGCUGAUGCAUCACAUCUCAUAGCAGCACCUCCAAGACCAGCUGACCAGUGCCAAGGCUUGCUCCAUGCCCCCUGGAGAGAGACUCUCUGAACUUCUACCUCCGUGCUGGGCUGACUGCCAGAGAAGGUCCCACUGGGGCUGUGCUGGGGUUUCCUCCUGUGUUCUAGGUUGGUUGAAACAGAAAACUGGUCCCAAGAGCAGUGAACUUCCGAGACCAAAUGCUGUGAAAAUGAUGAUGCUAUCUUACCUCUCAAGUCAGAGCUGGAAGUGACAUUUGCUCCCGUGGUGCCAGGCUCCGAGAUGUGGUGCUGAUGGCUACCUAGCCAGGAACUGCAGCGUGGCUCUGGCGUUGCCACUGCCUCCCUGCUUCUCCUUCAGCAGUGCCUGCUUUCGGUCUGCCUCGCAGCACAGACUCUAGCACACCCCUUGCACCAGUUGUGCCAUUUUCCCUGGUUCUCUCUUUUUUGGUAAUAAAAAGGAGACAUGUUUG